CUUUGAGUCAAACAUUUCUUACAACCAGAGUUCUUUGUCUAUUUGGUAUAGAAGAUCAAUUUUAUCACAAAGAUGAAUUCAGGUUACAACCUUGAAGCGAUCGAAGCAGCCCCAUUGAAAGACGAUCUCGAUAUUGUGAUCCCGACGAUCAGGAAUUUGGAUUUCUUGGAACAAUGGAGACCCUUUUUUCAGCAGUACCACUUGAUCAUUGUUCAAGAUGGUGACCCAUCUGUCAAGAUCAAAGUUCCCGAAGGUUAUGAUUAUGAGCUCUACAACCGCAAUGAUAUCAACAGGAUCUUGGGUCCGAGAGCAAGUUGUAUCUCCUUCAAGGAUGGUGGAUGUCGCUGUUUUGGCUACAUGGUCUCCAAGAAGAAGUAUAUCUUCACCAUUGAUGAUGAUUGCUUUGUGGCAAAAGAUCCAAGUGGGAAAGAGAUCAAUGUGAUAGCUCAACACAUAAGGAACCUGGAGACACCCUCAACACCUUACUUUUUCAACACUCUGUAUGACCCUUUCAGAGAAGGCACUGACUUUGUUCGAGGAUACCCUUUCAGCUUAAGGGAAGGUGUCCCGACCGCCAUCUCCCAUGGCCUUUGGCUCAACAUCCCUGACUAUGACGCCCCUACCCAACUUGUCAAGCCUCGUGAGCGAAACACCAGGUAUGUGGAUGCGGUGAUGACCAUCCCGAAGGGGGUGUUGUACCCAAUGUGUGGGAUGAAUUUGGCAUUCAAUAGGGAGCUUAUUGGGCCUGCUAUGUACUUUGCCCUCAUGGGUGAGGGUCAGCCCAUUGCUAGAUAUGACGAUAUGUGGGCCGGAUGGGCCACCAAGGUAGUGUGUGACCACUUGGGCUUUGGUGUCAAGACCGGUUUGCCCUACCUGUGGCACAGCAAAGCGAGCAAUCCGUUUGUCAAUUUGAAGAAGGAGCAUUCCGGGAUCCAUUGGCAAGAAGAGAUGAUCCCUUUCUUCCAAAACGUUCAGCUCACGAAAGAGGCCGACACCGCGGCCAAAUGCUACCUAGAGCUGUCAAAACUGGUGAGGGAAAAGCUCGUGAAAGUGGACCCUUACUUUGUGAAAAUGGCCGACGCCAUGGUUGCCUGGAUCGAAGCUUGGGAGGAGCUUAACCCGCCUUCUCAGAAGAAUGAUGCUUCGGCUAAGUAAAGGUCGCGCUUGAGAUGUGGGUUUAAGAGUACUGAACAAGAUGAGUUAUUUGGAAGUUUGUGAGUUUCUGCUUUUGUUGGGUUUUUAAUGUCUUCGCGUGUUUCUCUUAGAAUUACUGUUUCAUUUCGUCUUUCAUGCAAUAAUAAUCGCAUACAGUAUGUAUGUCUGAAGGAUGUUUUAUGUUCAAUAAAAAUAAAUUAGAGGAUGAAUUUUAUGAAGAAAAUGUUUUAAUA